AUGCGGUCGCGCCUCGGCGCGGUGCUUGCGGUUUGUUUAGGCACCAGAACCCCGCAGCGGAGCACCGCCGCGGAAGAAAUGAAGACCAAGACAACCUCGCCUCUCGGGACUUUUUUGCAGAGCGCCAGGCGCGGGAAGCAAAACAGACUGCCCACAGAUCGGCUGACGAAACUUCACAAGCGUUUCGUUACCGCCAUCCAGUGGGUGCCGCCCGCCGCGGUGGCGUCCGAAAGUAUCCGGGCCCCGGGGGAGGGGGGCUUCAAAUUUGCCUGGAGGCGGAACGCCGCAAGCAUUUCGCGCGCCAAGAGCGUAGCCCUUGCUGCCGGAUUGGCGCGGCACCAAUCCGGCAUCAUUCUCCUCCAGGAACUCAAGAACUCAAGCGCUAAAGCGACAAAGCCUAUUGGACACAGCGGCCCCGCCAGGUCCUCAGUGGACGCGGUGGGAGAGCUGCCGCCCCGGCCUGCCAUACCUCGCCGCGCAAGCGCCUGGGCCGCCUCUCCCUGGCGCCGACCCCCUCAAGGCGACUGCCCUGCGCGUGCCUCCGCCUGCCUUCCCUACCGUAUGCGCGGGAAGCCUUUACGACACCCCCAGGCACCGGCCCAUGUUGCUCACUUUGCGAGUGUACUUUGGCGUUGUCCGCCGCAAGGGCAGCGCAAUCGCGACGCCAAACAACACUCGCAAAGUGAGCAACAUGGGCCGAAGCCCGGUGCAAAACUCUUUGGUGCGGCCUUAACCGGCGUGGGCUUCAAAUUGGCAAAUGACCCAAUGCAGGCCACGCGCCUCAGUGGUCGCACAAGUGGGGCGUCGAAGCACACCGCGCGCCCAUUUCUGAUGGGAUAUGUCCCCAGCGUGCUGCUCCGCGGUGGCGACGUGAUUGCCCCAUGCCCGGUCUCUGCGCGCCUCCGCGGCCCGGAAGCAAGCCAUUUCGAGAGCAGCGAGGCGUUUCGUGGCCUAAGUGUGUCUACGGGGGGCGCGCCCGUCCGUUUGGAAGCCCACCUUCCCCCGCCGCGGAAGAUGCUUUGGCGCCGCGCGCUCUCGCAACACGAACGCCAUGCC